GUAUAUCCAUAGCAACCAGCCAACCACAUCUAACUCAGAAAGCCAAUGCAAUAUCAACAGCAACAAAAGUUAGCCAGUUGACGCGCGGCUCCCUCAGCAGCUCUGAGUCAAUCUCCUAUAGCUAAGGUCCAGUCCAGCAGCAGCCACACUGCCCACUGCUCCAUCCAUGGGGUUGCUCGACGAGUGCUGCGACGACUGCCGCUGCUACAGCUGCAGAGAAUUCUGGUGGUGCGUCCUCUGCCUCGCCGUCCUCGCCGCCGUCGCCCUCAUCGUCGUCCUCGUCGCCGCCUUCGGCUUCGUCCGCCACGUGAGCGUCACCGUGGACGACGCCUCCCUGACGCGCCUCGCGCUCGUCGGCGGCGCGCCGGCCGCGGCGACGGCGUUCGCGUACAACCUCUCGGUGACGCUCACCGUCCGCAACCCGAACUGGGCGAUGAGCAUGGCCAACACCAAGCCGCUCGACGCGGCGUACAGCUUCGACGGCCAGCAGUUCGACCGCGUGCGGCUCGCCGGCGAGGGCGACAAGCACCCCGCCGGCAAGACCAGGGUGUACAGGCUGACGUCCGGCUCCGACGGCGCGCCCGUCUCGCUGGGCAACGCCGGCGUCGCCGAGUUCGGCAGGGAGAACGCCACGGGGGUGUUCGAGGUGGAGGUGGCGGUGAGAGGCGAGGUCAAGUACACGGCGCGCCCCGCCAAGUGCGCCAUCGAGGCCACCUGCCCGCUCAAGCUCCAGCUCGCGCCGCCGGGGCAGGCGCCGGCGGCCGUCGUGUUCCAGAAGGUCAAGUGCAAGCUCGCCAAGGCAGAGAAGGGCUGCUAGCUAGGCCGCGGAAAUGCCGGUUGGCGAUGAUGUUCAUAAAUAAUAUGCAAGGCUGUUGUCAUUUAUAUGUUUGUGUAAGUCUGCAGUCUGCACUGCACGAACUAAAACUAUGGAACGUGCAGUUUAAUAUUCUGCAGUUA